UAAACAAAACAUGCGCUAGCAGCGUUAGCUCCACAGAUGUGUGGAUUUAGCGGCGGGAUGAUGGUGUAGUUUUCGAUAAUAAAGGGUUAGAUGUAAUUAGGCAACAAUGUGUUCAGUUGAGUCUUUGAGAGAGUUUGUCAACGAGCGACUAACUGCUGCUGCUGAAGAAAUAUUGGGAGUUUUUCAAAGAAUCAUCGUCGAGUACGAGGAAGAGAUCGAUCGUCAGCGCAGACUGUUGGAUAUCGUUUGGAAACCUGAAAUAAAGUUACACAGGACAGAGCUCCCACAGCAACAUGUGUGUAAGGAGGAGGAGGUUGUCCCUGAGCAGCAGCUCUGUAUUGAGGAGAGGAAGUCCAGUGUGGACCAAGAGGAGCCAGAGCCUCCACAGAUUAAAGAGGAAGAGGAGGAAGUGUGCAGCAGUCAGGAGGGAGAGCAGCUUGUAGUGAAGCAGGAGACUGAUGGCUUUAUGUUGACUCCUGCUGAUGAGGAAAGUGAGCAGAGUGAAGAUCAGACUCUGGACUUCAUUCAUGAUGACACUCAAAGUGCAGCAGAGAAAGAGUCUGUUGUCAUUAUACCAGUUAUAAGCUAUGUGAUACCAACCAGUGAGCACCAGCUGCUCUGUCACAACUCUCAUGUAGCUGAGAGCCAAGAUGAGAAGGGAGGACAUCAUGAAAACAACAGCAACACAGAUGAAAAAUCUCACAAAUGUGACAUGUGUGGAAAAGCUUUUCUGUACAGGUAUAACUUAAAAAUACACCAGAGAAUCCACACAGGUGAGAAGCCGUUUAUGUGCAAAACAUGUGGGAGAGCUUUCAGACAGACUAGUCAUUUGACAGCCCACAUGAGAAUUCACACAGGCGAGAAACCACACCUUUGCAGGAUAUGUGGGAAAAGAUUCAGCGACAUACGCGUGCUGGAAAGGCAUUUUAAAAUCCACACAGGUGAGACUUUGUAACUUUGCAAGACCUGCAGGAAGAGACAGUUGAAUGUGUGACAACUGUCAAGGCAUAUAAGAUCUCAGACAGACAAGUGGUCUUGUGUUUGUUAAAUAUGUGGGAGCUGAUUUAGUUCUGGUUCAUGGUCAAAGCACACAAGAACUGACAGAAGUGAGGUGUUGCAUGUUUGUAGCACCUGUGGGAAAAGUUUUACUCAGAUCACAUACUUGAAAAAACAUCCGAGGACCAGUAAACAGGAGAAACCAUAGAGCUGAAACUCCUGUGGAGACGUGCUCUCUAUCUGAAUCAAGUAAAAUUGCCCACUGAGAGGAGGUCACAAUAUGUUGAAGAACUACAUUUGUUAAAAUGCCAUUUUGUUGAACUAACUCUCAGUUUUACUCAUAAUCCUGUUGUUCUUUGAAACAGUCUAUCUUCCAAAUUUUUUGAAAAAGUUUCAAAGUGUUGUCAGUGGAGCUGCUUCAUAUUGAACAAAAAUGCGUGCUUUGAUGUUACAUAUUCUAUUCUACUUCACCAGAUUUUAGAGGCAAAUGUACCUUUUAUGCUUUUACUUUUGAUACCAAUUCACAGCAUGGAUUUUUCUACAUUGUUCCUUGAGGUCUUGGUGUCUUUUGUGGUACUUUGGAGAGAUUUGGUUUGGACAUUUUUAUCAGUUAUCUAGGGUUAAAAAAAACCCUUAAAUGUAGCACUAUAUCAGGGAAACAAAUGUUAUCAACCCAUAAACUGCUGCAACAACGUAUGAGACAUAAUUGAACAUGGGAAUGGCCAUUGUAUACUUGAUAAUAAUGUUCUUUAAGCACCCUCACACUAAACUUUUAAAGUUUUAAUAGGUGCCUAACCAAAACACAAUGUUUAUCACAGAUUUAUGACUAGAAAAACUUGACACAGCUGUAUCUCAAAUCAAUCUUCAAAUGACAAACUGAUUAAACUUUGGUGGUCAAACAUCAAGGUCACUGUGA